CGUGUCGAAAAAAAAACUGUGGAAUAGUAUAUAUCCGGUACGUCCCUUGGCGGAGGGUGUUAGAAUUAGAAUUAUGAUAAAUGUUGACCUUCCAAUUGGGAAUUCUUCCUAUUCCUGUGUAUACGAUGAGCUAAUGCUAUCUAGUGUCUGCAUGUAAAUCGUUUCAAACACUUACACUUCUAUUGUCGUGGAAAUAGUCUUCUGCAAAGUCACUGUUUUGCAAUCUUCCCCUGUUAAAACCAAAGAAAAAAGUUCAGUUUCUAAUCAGCAUUCAGAAGCAUUACCCGUUCCGAUAAAUAAUACAUGAAGGCCAGAAUUUGCGUGGACGUCAGCACCGAAUUAGUCACUUUAUUUUCGGAUCGAUUAAAACUAGUGGCUGCCGGUCGGAUAGUCUCUAGUAGCGACUGCGUUUUGAACGAUUCCAUAUCUCGAGCGAGGAAAAGUGCGACACAGAAGUGCAAGUGCUGAGUACAUGAUUAAAAUGGAUUCGACUCCGUGGAAAAGCAUUCCGGAGACCUUUGCCGGGGUGGAUGUGUUCAUAACCGGUGGAUCGGGAUUCAUGGGGAAGGUUUUGAUCGAGAAACUGUUACGGUCGUGUCCGAAGGUUCGAAACGUGUUUGUGCUAUUGAGGCCUCGUAAGGGCAAAUUAGCCAAGGAACGUGUGACCGAUCUUGUGCAAGUUCCGUUAUUCGACAAGCUACGUGAAGAGAGCCCGGAACAGUUUCAAAAAAUUGUGCCGAUAAAUGGAGACUGCUCGCAACUGAAACUGGGCCUAGAAGAAGACAAUAUCAAACGAAUGGCAGAUGUUCAGUUCAUUUUCCAUGCAGCGGCAAGUGUACGGUUCGAUGACCCAUUAGAUAAGGCCUUGCUGCUGAAUACACGUGGAACGCACGAAGUCUUGCGGUGGGCCAAAACUUUGUCGAACCUGAAAGCAGUUGUGUACAUCUCUACCACAUACUCCAAUCCUGAAAUAAGUCACGUGGAAGAAAAAAUAUACCCAGCUAAGAUCGAUUGGCGGAAGGCUAUUGAAAUUGCGGAAACAGUUGAUCCAGAUGUCCUGAAUACGUUAGCUGAGAAGUUAUCAGGUUUUGCCCCAAAUACGUACACCUUCACAAAAGGUCUCGCUGAGCAGAUUUGCUAUGACCUCCGCCAAGAGCUACCAGUGAUAGUUUUUCGACCAUCAAUAGUGAUAAAUACCGAAACGGAACCCAUGCCCGGCUGGAUCGAGAACUACAAUGGCCCAGCCGGUCUUAUGUCAGCACAAACCACUGGAAUACUUCGCACCACAUUUGUCAGCAUGGAUUGUCACAUGAAUUGCAUACCGGCGGAUGUCAGCAUAAAAGCCAUUAUUAUAGCUGCCUGGAAGAAAUCGCAUAGUCCUGAGGGCGAACUGGCCAUCUACAACAGCGCAGCAGAGCCCAAAAAGGCCAUGAGCUAUGAGUUCCUAUAUGAAGAAUCCGAUUACUUCUUCCAUCGUAUUCCCAUGUUGAAGAUGUUAUGGUCACCCUCGAUACAAGCAACGACGAACAGUAUGUUAUUCACUCUAAUGUUUCUUCUGUAUCAGGUCAUCCCGGCAUUGUUUGCCGAUGCUAUACUAAGAGUAUCCAAAACUAAACCUUUUCUCCUGAAACUGCUGCGAUCGAUCUUCCACGCUCAAAACUCGCUGAAAUACUUUACCACGCAUGAUUGGGUGUUCGAAACGGACAAUUUUCGUAAUCUGUCCAAGAAUCUUUGCGAGUUGGACAAAAUCCACUUCGACAUUUCAUACAUCACGCAAGGUUUACUCGAGUACUGCAGUCUGUGCAUUUUGGGUGGCCGGCGGUACCUGUUCAAGGAAACGGACGACUCCAUCAAGCUUGCUUUCAGAAGAUUGAAACGAUUCAAGAUGGCGGACAAGUUGCUGAAACUGGCUUUGUUUGUUGGAUUUGCCUACGUGCUACGGAGCUAUCUACCAACGAACUUGAUGCAACACGAACAAAUUUUAACUGAUUGAAUGUGAUCUAGAUCUUAGUUCCUACCAAGGAAAAAUCUAUGUUAAGUUUAUUCAUAAUUGUGAGUUAUUAAAAUAUAAUGAU